CUGUCGGACCACCUCCAGCUGGGCUACAGUAUCCGGACUCUCCCAGAACCUAGCGGACGGGCUACUGUCUUUUUUCCGGUGUGCGAAUGUUCCGGAGCUGGCUUGGCUUGUCCCGGGAAUCCCAAGACCCUGAGGUCCUAUGGGUGUCCAUGGUCUGACCACCUUUGUGGAGCGGCACAGAGACUUCCUCCAGGAUGUGAAGUUCAGGGACAGUCGCCUGGUCAUUGAUGGCUGCAGUCUGUAUUACUGCCUCUACUUUAACAGCGGUUUGGACCAGCGGCAUGGAGGGGACUAUGAUGCGUUCGCUUGCCUCCUCACCCAGUUCCUCUCUGCUUUGGCAGCCUGUAACAUCGAGCCGUAUGUGGUACUGGAUGGAGGGAUUGACCCCAGUGACAAGAAGUUUCCCACUCUGCGUCAGCGUUUGCAGUCCAAGAUAAAGGAGGCGGACAGUCUUUCUCACGGUCGCAGCGGCUCUGUUCUCCCUAUCCUCACAAGACACGUCUUCAUUCAGGUCCUCAUCCAGGAAGGAGUCCAUCUGGUCCAGUGUCCAGCUGAGGCUGACAGGGAAAUCGCAUGUUUGGCUCGCCAGUGGAACUGCCCAGUUCUGACCAAUGACAGUGACUUUUAUAUCUUUCACCUGCCAGGUGGUUACCUGCCACUCAAUUUUUUCCAGUGGACCAACCUUAACGGUAAAGCCUCUCACCGCUACAUCUCGGCUCGGUUCUACACCACUAACAGGCUGUGUCACUGGUUUGGGAUCACGAACCAUGAGUUGUUACCCUUAUGUGCUGUCCUGACUGGUAAUGACUAUGGUGCUCCAAAAGAUGGGGAAACACUCCUGGCUCUGUUAGAUUUGCGUGCACCAAGGAGAGGUAGUGGCAGGGUUAAAGAUAGCUUUUCCAGAAUUGAGAGCCUCCUCUUCUGGCUGUCCACUUUUUCAAAUCCAGCAGAGGCCCUGGAGGAAGUGAGUAGGCUAAUGGGGGAAGGCAGAGAUGGAGGUGGUAGAGGUAAGAGAAGGCUCAGUUUUCAGCUGAACGCAGCUAUGCAGGAGUACCACAACACCCAACAAAGCUCCCUGGCUCCCUGGUUCUCUGGAGGUAAGGCAGCUCCUGGAGGGGGGAUCUCUGGGCUGCCAGAGUGUCUAUCGCUGGCUGCAGCGCAGGGGCUCUUGACCCCCUUGGUGGUGGAUGCUUUGGUGAUGCGCCGGGUCCUCCUCAUUCCACAGGUGGAGAACAGCAAGCUAGCUAGCAGCCACUGUAGUGCCAGAACAAUACGGCAAGCUGUGUAUGGGAUAUUACUGCAGAGAGUCCAAGAUGUCCAAGCACAGGAUAUAAGGGCGCAAGAAAACAUCAGCCAGGAUGCGAGAGGUGGGAGAGGGCGAGGGGGAAGAGGGGUGGGAGGUGGACAGGUAGGUGGAGGUUGGGGUCAGGGCAUCAUUUUACCCAAGCAGCAGGGUGUACAUGGAGCAGCUUGUGCAGCUACAGUUCAGGCUCAGGGCUGUGGCGUCCCCAUCUGUGUAGAGGAGUACGACCGUAUGGAUCUGAACUUGAAGAAAAACCAAGAAGAGGCACGUCCGCCCAGAACCCCCCUGCGUCUGGAUACACUCAGCCAGGCUCCUGUGGCAGUUCGUCUUGGUGUUCUGUUGGAUGUCUUGGGGGUGAAGGAGUCUGCCCUGGUGCCUUUUCCUCUCCACCUGAGGCUGGCUGUAGCAGUGACAGGCUUCUGGCUGCGAGAGGCUAUACCAACACCCUCGCAGCUCCAGCUCCAGGCUUUGGUGCUGGGCAUGGUUUAUGGAGAGCUGUCCUUGAACAUGCAGCCUGGAGCUUCCCACUGCCAACAUGCUGUCCCACAGCUGAACUGGGCUGCAGAGCGCAAGGUGUGGGCAGGGCUGGAUCAACUUCGUGUGAGGCCAGGGGAAAGACGAGGCUUGGAUCUCGGAGUAGCUCACGGUUUCUGCCAGUGGCAGGCCUGCCUCUGGAGUGCACUAUGUCUCAAUCAGCUAUUGCUGUUGCCAUUGCCUGAACCCCUGCUAGCAUGGUUGUUCAGUGGUACCCUGGUGCAUGGCCUCCUUAGGUAUCUGAAAGGGGGCCGAGCUGCUGAAUCCCUCCUUGUCGGGGGUUCCCUGUCCAGACAACUGUACUCCUCCCUGCUGGAUGCUGUGAGGAACUGUAAACCCCAUCCUUCCUCAUCGACAGCAGGGAGGAGGAAGAGAGGUGGGGGACGGGGAAGGCGAGGAAGAGGCGGAGGUGGGAGAGGAGCGUGGGGUGCGGACAGAGGCACUGGGGAGAUGACCAACAAGUUUGCUCUCCUGAUGAGCAAAGGAGAGUCUUAUCAUGAUUAUUGAUUAGAGUAAAAUGGAGAGAUUAAUAUGAAGUAUUUGCGAGGGGCCAAAACGAGGGAGGACAUUCCAGAGUUUCAUUAAACACCCUCAGGGAAUGCUACAAAUAGUCAGUGUCAAGUCAAGAGCUACACCUCUCAAUGUUUACCACCGUCUAGCUUUUAUAACUGUAUUGCACCUAUUUAACCUUCCACAGUAAUAUUUACUGGCCGUCUCAGAUCAAGAAGUCAGAUCAGUUUUCCCAAAGCACAUGCUUGCCUUAUUUUAGCAGAUAAACAAAAGCUUUUAUGAAUGUCACUGUAAUUGAUGCAACAGAUUUCAACAUGACAGUUUUAUUCAGUAACACCAACACAAAAUUUUAAACUAUGAAUGUAGGGGCAUCUUAAUUUAUAAUCUCUGUUUACUAGAAAAACAUAAAACAAAGAGCUACUUUAUUAAUGCCCUCUUUUGUAUGGCAGCUAGUGUCAUUCUUAAUGAGCUACUCAUGAAAUCUUAAGUCAUUUUAGUAUUUGCCUUAAUGCUUAGGAAUUUGGUGCUCCAGUUUACUCAUCUUUGUGUAUUAAAAAAUAGAAAUUAGACUCGACAUGUUUUUAAAUGUCACAUUCAGUGAUUUUUUUUAAACUUGUAAUCACAUAUGGCUGAUAAUAAAAUGCAAAGCACUCUUAUCAAAUAUAUACACAACACAACCAAGAUUCAACUAUUAGUAAAUGCAGUAUAUCCACACUCUGUAACAGCACGUAAUUCACUUGCUACAAAAACAUAAUGUCAAGACAAAGAAAUCAAAUUAAAAAAUCCGACUGUAUUCGUCAGUCUUUUUGUUUUGUUUUUGGAUUUUUCCUAAACCAGUCUGAGUAUCCAAACUAACAACCUUCUCUCAUUAAAGUCUCCUUGUCCCUUUAAAUACACAUUUGUGGAUAGUGUCCCACUGGCACUUUAACACAAGGACCUACAAUUCUGACACAGCUAACGGUUAAAGAGAAAUGUAACUGCUGGACAUAGUUAACAAACACCACCAAGUUACUGCCUAAAUACACAUAAAUAUUCACAUUAGUAUGAGCUGUCAGGUCAGGCUGCGCCUUAUGUAAAUCAGCGCUGUAGUCUCUGGAGACCUAGUGCAGUAGCUGUCACAACUUAAUACAACACUGAAUCUUCCUCUCGUCCUACGAGGAUGAUGAAGUUGAGGCAGAUGAAGAGUCGGCAGACGCCGCGUGUGGCUGAGAGUCUAUGAGGUCCAUGUCUUCGUCUUCGUUGACUCCACACGUGUCGACCACGCAGAUCAGGCAGCUGGUGACGGGGAACGCUCGCACCUUGCUGCAGGUCACCCACCUGCAUGCACAGAGGAAAACUGAUUCAGAGGCAGCAUGAUACAGCAAUAAAAAGCCAAAUUUUCAGUAAUGGCAUAAUUAGAUUCAGGGUUUAAAUGACAUUAUUUUGUGAAGAACUGCCACUAAAAUGGUGUAUACAACAGUCUUUAUCAGUAUUUCUUUACUAUUAAGGAUAUUGGUGAUACAGGUAUUAUUUACAUCUAAUAAACACACAAAAUAAUUAUUAGUGUAAAAAUUUGAGAUAAUUAACAAGUAAACCAAAAACAGCCAGAGCUACAAAACUGAAAAAAAACCCCCCAAAAACUAUUAGUACUGAUCCAACAAACAAACAGGAGAGAUGUUUGUGGUUCUGUCUGUUAAAUGGUUUUAAAUCUUCACACUACUGCCUACAGUACCAGUGACAUCAACAACGUCUAUUUAUUAAUUUCUUUUAUUUUAGUGAUAUUCAUUUCAUACACCAACCUGUCAGUAUCAGUGUGGUACUCCAGGACGUGCCCGAGCCGCCCCACACCUUGGAACCCUGCCAGCACAUAGAUGACCUCACCGACCGCUGCACACUUCACCGUUACGCCUCGCCACGGCAUCGCCGAGGCAGCACGCCACUCAUUGCUGGUGAUGUCAUAGUACUCCACCGAGUCCAGUCCACCUAGGAAGUACACACACUCAAAAACUGUAUCAUACUGAGGAAUCUGGGAUGGUACCCAGAUAUCAUAUGCAACUGCUACUGUGUUCAGUGGUGUUAUUGCAGCGCUAUUCAUUCUCCAGCACUGUAGCGGUUAUAGCAAUAUCCAUUUUUUCAUACCCAGUGCCCCCUGCCCUCCAACAGCAUAGAUCCUGUUGUCGACAACCACCAGCCCAUGGUUCUUCCUAGCCUCCCUCAUUCCGCACAACUCCCUCCAUCUGAGGACAGAAAGAUGAGAGUAUAACGGAGAGCGCAAAUAACUGUAGCAACACCACACAACAUCAUGUUGUUAAAUGAAAAAAAAUCUGUCAAACUAUAAAGAGGGCCAUUUGUUGCCAUUUUGAGAUGGAUGGCUUUCACCAAACAACACUAAU